UCGCUGAUUGCUGAAAGUGGGCAUGAGCUGCGCCUUGUCGAUGUUGGGGGACCGCAGAACCUUGUUUCCCUGCUGAGUAACAGGAGGGAUCCUCAUGCGUAUAAAACCCUUUGAUCGCCAGGGAGCUCAUCAUGACUCCUCAUUCCCGAUUAAUCAUACCUCAUUCCUGACUUAUCACACGUGGCUUGUUCACUGAGACAUACUCGAGCAUAACUUAAAGAAAACAAUUCUUCUCUACGAACUACCUUGCAUCAUGAAGUUCACCUACAUUGCUUCUCUCCUGGUCGCGGCCUCCGCCGUGUCCGCCGUGGACAUCAACUCCAUUGUCUCUGAAGCGGAAGGCGCCGGCGAGACCGCCGUCAGCGCCGCGGAGAGCACCGCAGGCGGCGCAGCCUACACCUCGCUGACCUCGGAAGCGGCCUCCAUCUACUCGGAGGCCCAGAGCUACGCGUCCUCCGUCGCCUCGGAGGCCGAGAGCCGCUACUCGACUUUCACGGAAGGCUGGACCACCCUGACGGGCUCCAACGGCCAGGCCACGGCCACAGUACACGACACCGCCAGCAACACCGGCUCUGCUGCCACGGCCACCACCACGGCUUCCGGCUCCUCCACGUCGUCGACCUCGACUAGCUCCGCCUCCUCGUCUUCCUCUUCUGGCGCCGCUGCUCCGACCGCCGCGCUGAGUCUCAGUCUGGCUGGUGUUGUUGGCGUUUUCGGGCUGAUGGUUGCUCUGUAGUACCCUAUCUUCCUUAUAAAGUCAUGUUGUUCUUGUCGUUUCUUCUCUCUUUAUACCUCACUGUUAUUUUUGUCGACCUUUCAUUCCCUUUCGUAUCCAAUUCCCAACAGUGGUGAUAUCCAGAGCGCGUCCUCUACACUUCCUAUCGUUUUCUUUUCAUAGUUACUUUGUGAAAUUAAACCCACCAUUCCAGAUCUGAUAACCCCCGAUCAACAAGCGAUAACCUUG